AUGUCGUCGGGCCUUAAGGAUAAGAAAGGAGAAGCCAUUAGCGAAGGCGAUCAUGUCUUUGCCCGUUCACGUGGUGGCAGACACGAAGGCGAUGUCGAAAAGAUUGUUACAUCCAAGGAGGAGGCCGAGGAGGAGGGUGUCAAGCACCCACCAAAGGUCCUCUUCACAGACCAGCAUGGUCAUAAUGUGCAGCACAACCCGGGAACUGUGCAACAUGGGGAGUACAAAAAAUAA